UCUUCCUCACUACAUCCGGUCCUUCCUCCUCAAGUCAAGCAUCCGCUGCUCUCGAAUCCCCGGUGCGUCUGCGCUGCCUGUGAGCCCCGGGAGGACGGUGAGUCCUCCUGGAGGCCCACCGGUUAGUGUGUGCAGAGGACUGGCGGCACCCUGUCCGCACCUGCCGUGGGGAUCCAGCCUGCGGGUUGCUCUGCCUCUGAACUACCCUUGGGCCUGAGAGAGCUGCUCCUUCUCCAGCUGCUGAGUGUCACGACUUGGGCUCUGUCGAGCUCAGAAUCCAUCUCCAGGACUGUGUCUUCUCUGCUGUGUGAGGCCCAAGUGGCUCUGGCUCAGAUCUGUCUCCCUGUGACCUGCAGGUGCUAUGAGAUCCUCAGGAAGGAUGUCAGGACUCCCCAGAAGGCAGGAAAUGAAUUCAGUGGCCUUUGAGGAUGUGGCUGUGAACUUCACCCAGGAGGAGUGGGCUUUGCUGGAUCUCUCCCAGAAGAAUCUCCACAGAGACGUGAUGCAAGAAGUCCUUAGAAACCUGGCUUCUAUAGGAGACAAGUGGAAAAAUCAGAACAGAAAUACUGAAAGAGAUCUAAGGCACAUUAUAUCUCACUCUGCAAACAAAUUGUACGAGAAUGAGUUGAGUGCAGGGAAGCCAUAUGAACUUAAACAGAAGAAAACAUCUUUAUUUUGUCACACAAGUGUUCAAAGACAAGCAUCAGUGCAUACUAUAGAUGAAACUUAUGAAUGUCUAACAUGUGGAAAAGAGUUAAGUUGUUCCUUGUGUUUUCAAAAAUUUCAACAGUCUCAUACCAAAGAGACAGCUUACAGAUGUAAUCAGUCUAGUAAAGUCUUCACUAGUUCCUCUUAUCUUCCAAUACGUAAACAAACACAUACUGGAGAGAAGACCCAUAAAUGUAAACAGUGUGGGAAAGCUUUCACUUGUUCCUCUCACCUUCAAAGACAUAAACAAACUCAUACUGGAGAGAAGCCCUAUGAAUGUAAAAAAUGUGGAAAAGCCUUCAGUCGUUCCUCUUACCUUCAUAUACAUGAACGAUUUCAUACUGGAGAGACACUUAAUAGAUGUAAACGAUGUGGGAAAGUGUUUGCUACAUCCAGUCAGCUUCAUUCACACGAAUGGACUCAUAAUGGAAAGAAACCCUAUCAGUGUGAACAAUGUGGGAAAGCCUUCAUAUAUUGUUCUUCCUUCCAGCGACAUCAGCGAAUUCAUACUGGGGAGAAACCCUAUAAAUGUAAGGAAUGUGGCAAAGCCUUUACUUAUUCCUUUUAUCUUCAAACACAUAAACAAACUCAUACUGGAGAGAAGCCUUAUGAAUGUAAACAAUGUGGAAAAAGCUUCAGUUGUUCCUCUUACCUUCGUAGACAUAAACUAAUUCAUACUGGAGAGAAGCCCUAUGAAUGUAAGCAAUGUGGGAAAACCUUUACUUAUUCUUUUCAUCUUCAAACACAUAAACGAAUUCACACUGGAGAGAAGCCCUGUAAAUGUAAACAAUGUGGGAAAGCCUUCAGUUGUUCCUCUUACCUUCGAAGACAUAAACAAAUUCAUACUGGAGAGAAGCCCUAUGAAUGUAAGCAGUGUGGGAAAGCCUUUACUCAUUCCUCUCAACUUCAGACACAUAAACGAAUUCAUACUGGAGAGAAGCCCUAUGAAUGUAAACAGUGUGGGAAAGUCUUUGUUUAUUCUGCUUCUCUUUGGCAACAUAAACGAAUUCAUACUGGAGAGAAGCCCUAUGAAUGUAUGCAAUGUGGAAAAGCCUUUACUAAUUCCUCUCAACUUCAAACACAUAAACGAACUCAUACUGGAGAGAAGCCCUUUGAAUGUAAACAAUGUGGGAAAGUCUUUGUUUCUUCAACUUCCCUUUGCCAACAUGAACGAAUUCAUACUGGAGAGAAGCCCUAUGAAUGUAACCAAUGUGGGAAAGCUUUCAGUUGUUCCUCUUACCUUUCUAGACAUAGACGAAUUCAUACUGGAGAGAAACCCUAUGAAUGUAAGCAGUGUGGGAAAGCCUUUACUCAUUCCUCUCAACUUCAAACACAUAAACGAAUUCAUACUGGAGAGAAGCCCUAUGAAUGUAAACAAUGUGGAAAAGCCUUUGUUUAUUCCAAUUCCUUUCGACAACAUGAACGAAUUCAUACUGGAAAAAAGCCGUAUGAAUGUAAGCAAUGUGGGAAAGCUUUUACUCAGUCCUCUCAACUUCAAAGACAUAAACGAACUCAUACUGGAGAGAAGCCCUUUGAAUGUAAACAAUGUGGGAAAGCCUUUGCUUCUUCUACAUCCCUUCAGCAACAUAAAAGAAUUCAUACUGGAGAGAAGCCCUAUGAAUGUGAGCAAUGUGGGAAAACUUUUACUUACUCCUUUCAAACACAUAAACGAAUUCAUACUGGAGAGAAGCCCUAUGAAUGUAAGCAAUGUGGGAAAGCCUUCAGUUGUUCCUCUUACCUUAAAGUACAUAAACGAUCGCAUACUGGAGAGAGGCCAUAUGAAUGUAAACAAUGUGGGAAAGCCUUCAGUUGUUCCUCUUACCUUCAAAGACAUAAACGAAUUCAUACUGGAGAAAAGCCCUAUAAAUGUAAGCAAUGUGGGAAAACCUUUGUUUCUUCAACUUCCCUUUGCCAACAUGAACGAAUUCAUACUGGAGAGAAGCCCUAUAAAUGUAAGCAAUGUGGAAAAGCCUUUAUUUAUUCUAGUUCCCUUCAAAGACAUAAACAAAUUCAUACUGGAGAGAAGCCCUAUGAAUGUAAGCAGUGUGGGAAAGUGUUUGUUUCUUCAACUUCCCUUUGCCAACAUAAACGAAUUCAUACUGGAGAGAAGCCCUUUGAAUGUAAGCUGUGUGGGAAAGCCUUCAGUUGUUCCUCUUACCUUCAUAGACAUAAACGAACUCAUACUGGAGAGAAGCCCUAUGAAUGUAAGCAGUGUGGGAAAGCCUUUCUUUAUUCCAGUUCCCUUCAAAGACAUAAACAAAGCAUACUGGAAAGAAGCCCUAUGAAUGUAAGCAAUGUGGUAAAGCCUUCACUACAUCUUCUUAUCUUCAAAGACAUAAACAAAAUCAUGCUGUAGAGAAACUCUAGGAAUGUAAAUAAUUGGGAAAAGCCUUCACUACUUCCUCUUACGUUUAAAUACAUAAAUGAACUCAUACUUGAGAAAAGCUUUAUGAAUGUAAACAAUGUGGAAAAGUCGUUGCUGGAUCCAGAUAGCUUCAUUCACAUGAAUGAACUCAUAAAGGAAAGAAGCCCUAUGGAUGUAAAUAGUGGGGAACAGCCUUCACUAGGUCUGCUCACCUUCACAGACAUGAAUGAUUUCAUAAUGGGGAGAAGCCUUAUAAAUGUAAACAAUGUGGGAGAGCCUUCACUAGUUCUUUUUCCUUUCACAUACAUGAACAAUUUCAUACAGGAAGAAAGCCUUGUAGUUGUAAACAAUGUGGGAAGGCCUUCACUACUUCUGUUUACCUUUACAUACAUGAAUUAACUCAUAUUACAGAGAAACCUGACUAAUGUAAGCAGUGUGGGAAAUACUUCACUACAUCUAGUCACUUUUAUUUUCUUCAAAGAACUCAUGUUGGAGAGAUGGCCUGUGUAUGUAAAAAUGUGGGAAAGCCUUUACUUCAUGUAGUUACAUUAUAAAACAUCAAACAACUCAUCAGGAAAAAAAUCCCUACUAAAGAGAAAAAAUGUGAAAUGCCUUUCAUUUGGGGGUUCUGUUUUAAACCUGAAAGUAGUGGUAAUGUACAAAAGCCCACUGAAUGCAAAAAGCAUGACAAAUCAUUUAAUAUUCCUAGUCACCUUCAAUAACAUGAAAGUACAUAUAGAAUAGUUGUUGAGUGUGUGUGUAUGUGCGUAUGUAUACAUCCAUAAUAUAUGUGUGUGUGUAUAUAGAGAGAUAGAUGGAUAUAUAGUUUGUUUUGUUUUGUUUUAAUGUAGAAUGAUGGAUUGUUCCUGGAGGGGCAGAGGCAUACAGGGCAAAACUUCUGGCAUAAGUAGCAAGUUGCAGGUUUAAACAGGUCAUGAAACCUCAGAGGAAGUUGUAAAGCAUUUAUGGAACAUGAAUUGUGUAAGAGGGAUUUUGUGAGUAUUCCAGUUGACUCAGUUAAACCACCAUUUCUAGAUUUUUUUUCUAAAGAUUUGAGUACUGAUUUUUCACAUAAAUCAAAACCUGAUUCAUUAUAAUACAAUGCAAAGUUUAAAUCUUGGACUUGUGUUGGGACAAGGCACAAGUGCAGAGAAAACUGGCAGGAAACCCUGUGACUCCACCUGGCUCCACCUGUAGCACUGCCCCUACUCCUGGCCCUCCAUAAACACCCCUGUCGCAGGCUGCUGUCCUCUGGAGGCAGCCCCAUUCUGCCCUGAAUAGGUACCAGCUUUCCUAAAUGAGCGGUAUGUGCCUUGGACCUGCACCACGUGCGCCCUGAACCUGUAUGUCCUGAGUUGACCUCCCCUUCUCACGGGGAACUCUCCACCCUUCAUCAGAAACAGAAAAAAAACUGCCCAGGCAGAGAGGCAGUAGCCCAAUGGUGGGCCCUAGGCUCCUGGGCCUGAACAGGAACUGAAAGGCUAAGGCACACAGGUAACCCUGCGGGGUGUGGUGAGGUCUUCUUUUCCUCUCAGCCCUUGGGUUUGAACCUAGGGUCUUGCACGUGAUAGGUAAGAGCACAAGUGCCCUACCUGAACUGCACCCAGGAUUGGCAUUUUCUUUUGUGCUCCACGCCAGAUGCCCACCCUUAUCAAAAGUCAGAAUACCUAGCCCUGCCGUUGUGUGUCCUGCGCCUGUUAUCCCAGUGGCUUGGGAGGCUGAGACAGGCGGAUUGUGAGUUCAAAGCCAGCCUCAGCAAGGGGAGGUGCUAAGCAAUUCCGUGAGACCCGGUUUCUAAAUCCAAUACAAAAAUGGGCUGGGUGGAGUGCCCCCCCACACACACAUACAGAAUACCUAUUAUAAAGUUAAGUUUUCUUAGGUGGGGCAAAUGCUUAAAAAUAUAUUGACCAGCAAUGUCCUGCACCUGCAACUUACAUGGGGCGAAUCCCACCAGGGCCUUCUCUGCCUGUCCCUAGCCUGGGGCCAAAACCAAAGCCCAGGCUCCAGGCAGUCACGUCUGAGGGCUGGCUGAAGAGAUAUAGGGCUGAAGGCCCCAGGCUGGGUGGAGUAUGGCUCAGUGGUCCUGCAGAGGCCUGGAAGGAGUGGGGGGCUGGUGAGACAGGUGCAAGCCAGACGCCAGACCCAGAGGCACGGAGAGCGUCUGUCACAGUGGUGAGUCGGAACCUGCCCGUUCUGAAAGGGGAGCCCGUGAGAGCUGUUGGGGCAAGGCAGGCUAAACCAGGGGUGUAUUUUCCCCCAAGAGGAAUCUUGCACUCCCCCUUGCGCCUGCGGAAUUGAGCAGCAGGCCUACAUAUCUGUCACCCCCAGAGGGCGGCAAAGCCCGUGCCACCAGCAACCCCAGAGUGACCACAAAGCCAUCUUUCCUUCCUUCCUCUUCCUCCAGGUUCCUCUUUCGAGGUGUGCUUCUCCCACUCUGCAGAGCAUUACAUGUAGGUUAACUAGAGAAAAGCAACAGAAAGCAGAGGUAGGGAUCCUUGUUUAGAAAUAGAAACUUAGGUAAAGAAGUUAAGAACGAUCUGCUGCGAAACACAUUCCCCCCACCAGAAGAACUUCCUGCCAUAGAGAAAAGGGGUGAGGGGCAGCAAAGGCGCUUCUUGAUACCAGGCUCCUCCCGUCAGAGCAAGGGUCAGUGCUGGGUUGGGAAUAAAAUCAGGGGGACUGCCCAUCCAAAGUGGCUUGCUUGCCACUUUGUUCAGCUGCGUGCUGUCUGCAGAAGUAAACUUUUCCUUGCCCAGCUACUUCUGAGAGCCCAUGUCUGAUUCUUAACGAAACCUGGUGUUUCUAACACAUUUAACCAAGUGAGCAGAGAGGAGGUGGCCACGUGUGAGACAGGAAGCAGCCCGCCCAGGCAGGUGUCUAUGGCACCUUCUCUUCGACUUCUCAGCUCCAGACUGUGAGGACAGUCUCCAUUUAGGAGCCCUCCAGGGCCCUGGUUUCUGUUAGCACCUGAACCAACUGAGCUGAGUGUCUUUGUCUCCUCCUUUUAUAAGGACAUCAGUCAUGGGAUUAAGGAUCAACUUGUUCAAUAUGACAUCACCUUAGCUAUUUACACCUGCAACUACCCUAUUCCUAAUAAGGUUUUGGGGAUAGGAUUUGACAUGUAAGUUCAAUUCAUAACAGGUCACAAAGAUGAGUGUUUAUUAUGUUAUGAUUAUACUGGUCAUAUGAUUAAAUUAUUAUUUGAAAGGUAUUUAAUUUUGAGAUGGGGGUCUCACUAUAUUGCCCAGGCUGGUCUUGAAUUCAUAAUCCUCCUGCCUGAGCCUUCCAAGUAGCUGGGGAUAUCGGUACAUACCAUUAUACCUGAUUUGGUUAUUGUUGUUCUUUUUAAACCAGAGAUUGAACCAAGGGGUGCUCACUACUGAGCCACAUACCCAACUUUUUUGUGUUUUAUUUAGAGACAUGGUUUCCUGAGUUGCUAAGAGCCUUGCUAAGUUGCUGAGGCUGGCUUUGUACUUGGAGUCCUCCUGCCUCAGCCACCAGAGCCACUGGGAUGACAGAUGUGCACCACCAUGCCUGGCUUACACCAGGCUGUUAAGAGAAUUUUAAGAUUAGUAACAGGAGCUGGGGUUUUCCCAGGAGGUAGAAUGCUUGCUUGGCAUGCACAAGUUCCUGUGAUUCCCCAGCUCCACACACGU